AUGGCGCAGAGUGAAACGUUUUUGACUAGACUGACUGGUCGUAUCUUCUCCAAUAUAGUGCACCAGAUUACCUCUCCUCGAAUAUCAGUUGACAAGAAGACGCUGGAGAAGUCUUGGAAACUGAUGGACAAAGUCGUCAAGCUUUGUCACAAUCCGCGUGUUGACCUAAAGAACAGCCCACCUUUUAUUCUCGACAUAUUGCCGGACACGUAUCAGCAACUUCGCCGUAUCUAUGCUCGAUACGAGCACAACAUGGAGGCUCUGAAUGAGUGCGACUACUGUCGCGUUUUUCUCGACAAUCUUAUUCAGAAAUGCAAGCAAGUCUUGCGGUUGUUUAGAGAGGGGAAAGACAAGAUGUACGACAAAGACUCAAGUUAUCGGCGUGGCUUAACAAAGUUCAGUCUUAUCCUAAGUCAUAUGGUCGCCGAGUUGAAAUCUUUGUUUCCCGACGGUCGAUACAUUGGAGAUGCUUUCCAAAUCACGAAGAGCGAGGCUGCAGAAUUCUGGAAGAAGGCAUUUGAUUCCAGGACUGUGAUAUCUUGGAUGGAAUUCAGACACUGUUUUUGCCAGGUCCAUUUAAUUCAAUCAAAUGUUGAAGCAAUGGCGUUAAAAUCAACCAUCGAUCUGACAUGCAAUGAUUAUGUAUCUGUGUUUGAGUUUGAUGUCUUCACACGUUUGUUUCAACCGUGGCAGACUCUUAUACAGAACUGGAAUGCACUGGCUGUCACUCAUCCAGCAUAUCAAGCAUUUUUGACUUAUGAUGAGGUGAAGGCCAAGUUGCAGAAGUGGUUGCACAAGUCAGGAACAUAUAUUUUUAGACUCAGUUGUACCAGACUGGGUCAGUGGGCAAUUGGGUAUGUCACUCAAGAUGGCAAAAUUCUUCAGACAAUUCCACAGAACAAAUCGUUGGGUCAGACUUUACUUGAUGGAGCUCGUGAAGGAUCGUGAGUUGCAUUAUUUUUCUGUUUAUAGUGAUUACUGAAUCUUCUGUGUUAGUCCAUUUGUCUACUU